ACACGCUUCCUCAUAACGUCGCGUCCCUGCUACCACCGCCUGCACGAUGGAGUUCUACAAUGACGUGGGCGAGGACCCGCUCAAGCCGACGCUGUUCGAGCUCGUCGCGCAAGAACAGCUGAGAGACCUCCUGCAGCCGGCUCUGAAGUACGUGCUCUCGGUGUUCGCGCAAUCAUACCCUCGAUACUUGCUGCGGAUAGUGAACCGACAUGAGGAGUUCUACGCGCUGCUCAUGUUCUUCGUCGAGAGGCAUUACCUGCGCACUCAAGGUGCAUCUUUCGCGGAGAACUUCUAUGGUCUGAAGCGACGGCGGACCCCGCUCUUCAAGACCGACCGUGCGCGGACCGCGUCGGGCGGGGUGUUUGCUGAGGAGAAGCUGAGGGACAGGGAGAUCUGGCGUUCACUGCUGCUGCUGGUGGGCCUCCCAUACGCGCGUGCUAAGGCGCAAGACUAUUUCGAGGAGCUCGGCGGGGGCAUUCAGCACGACCUCAUAGAAGAGAGCCGACAGCCAGUAGUGGACGAGUCGUGGAAGGGGCGCUGGAGAAGAGCGUACAAGGCAGCGUACCCAUGGCUUAACACCUCCUUCGAAGUAUGGCUGCUGCUCUACAACGUUGCAUACCUGUUCGAACGGACGCCGCACUACCGCCCAUGGUUGUCGUGGGUGGGCGUCGACCUGCGUCGAAUAAGCGCAGACGAUAUGCGUGCGGCACAAGCCGGAGUGCGCAAAUCCCCAAGACCGCCGCCUAAAGGGAUCAUCGCCGUCCUGAAGUAUGCGCUGAGGAGAUCGCCGCGGCUGCUGCUAGACUCGCUGAAGGUGCUUCUCCCGACGGCGAUAUUCUUCAUCAAGUUCCUGGAGUGGUGGUAUUCGCCGUCGUCGCCUGCGCGGUCGCUGUCGACGUCGCCGCUCGGGCCCGCGGUCCCGCCGCCGCGGCUGCUGCCUCCCCAUCCGCAGGGGGUGAGGGUGGACGACAUCGAGUACGGGGUGUGUCCGCUGUGCCGGGAGGUGCUGGGGAACGCGACGGGGCUGCCGUCUGGGUAUGUGUUCUGCUACGGGUGCGCACACGAGUACGUAGAGGAGCAUGGGCGAUGCCCUGUGACGCUUGUACCGGCUCGGCUGUGGCAGCUCAGGAAAAUCCUCGUGUAGGGUUCCAAUGUGAUUUUGACGAUUGAAC